AUGAUACUACGCAAUCCUAUUGCAUUACGAUUAGUGUCAUCAUCAACAACAAGUACCUUCUUAUCAACAUAUCAGAGAUCAUCUGCAUAUGAUCGAACAACAAACCUUUUUUCAACAACAUUAACAUCAACAACACUACCUGAUCGAUUGUAUAGUACAGCAUACCCAAAUACUUUAACAUUUAAACCACCAACAACAGACCAUAAUAAUAAUAAUAAUCAUCAUACCAACUGUAAUCAUAAACAUCAACAACAACAACAACAAACAAUGACAUCAAAGAUUAAUUAUUGGUCCAAUCUAAUCAUUUACAAUGAAGAUACGAAUCAAUGUCUCUAUGUAAAGAAUAAAGAUGAAAGUGGUACAACAUCAUCAUCAUUGAUGGGAAUUGUAUCUAAAUUCUAUUCCUUUCCUUCUAUUCAAUCAACUAUACCACCACCACCAUCGAAUCAACAACAACAACAACAAGUAACAUUAAAUCAACAUCAAAUGAUCAACCAACUGCCAUUUGAAAGAUUGAACAAACAAUUAUUUAAUAAUCAAAUAUCAAAACAACAAGUAUUCUACCUUGGAUCAUUAUUAUCACCCUAUUACGUAUCACAAUUGGCUAGAGAUCAUGUAGAUUAUUAUCUAUUUAUUCUCUCAAACAAGGAUAAUAAUGUACAAGACUUGCUUACCGUUGAUGAUAGAGUGUCUCGAUUCAUGUUGGAUGGAAAAGAAAAUCAACAACCUUUAUCUUCUCCUUCUUCUUCAUUUUCGUUGGAAUGGGAUACGCCUACCAACAUUGUAAAAAGAUUUAGACAAUAUCGAGGAGAAGGGGAAGGAGAUAAUCAACAAGGUGUAUUGAUUACACCAGAGACAAUGUAUAUGAGUAAAGUACUUGGACUUUUCGAAAAGGAUCGAUUCAACUUGCUAGCAACACCAGAAGAUCAAGAUAGUUUGGGAACAAAGAUAUCGUUAGAGUAUGCACCAGGAAUAGAGUCUAUUCCAAUGUUAUCUAGUACAUUGAUGCCAUACAACUCUACCAAUUUAAUCAUGUCAUUGGAUCAAGGACAUGUUUUAUUGGUUGACCCUGGAGCAAACAGUCACGGUCAAACACAUCUAGAGAGAAUCAUAAAAACAAGACUAUCCAACUACCUUGACUUGCACGGUGCCAACCUCUCGAUAUUCAUCACUCACGAACACACAGAUCACUGGGAAUCUCUGCCAUUGAUUGCCAGCCACUUUUCAAAAGCCAAGGUUAUUGCACAUCAAGAGACGUUGGAUGAACUCGAUAUGAACGGUGUGGCACCCGAGUUGACAAGAGUAGCUGUCCGCGGAAAACCUUUGGACAAGGCACAUGAGCCAGACACGACCAACGAAAUUCACAUUGGGAGCAAGGUAUUUGAUAUCGUUGCCACCCCAGGUCACACUAGUAAUUCACUAUGUCUCUUUGAGAGACAAUCAAAGACGCUCAUUGCAGGUGACCAUAUUGUAGGAUGGGGAUCAUCUAUACUCGACUUUAGAACAGGUGAUAUGAAACAAUACCUAAACAGCACACAAGGAAUGAUUGAUCACCUCCAACCAUCGAUUGCCAUGCCUGCACAUGGCCCUACCAGCUACACACCGAUCCAACUUUUACAAUCAUAUAUCAAACAUCGUCUCUUACGUGAACAAUCUAUUCUACAAGCCUAUCAAUCUGGAAAAACAUCACUUCGAGAUAUUUUAUCCGUAGUAUAUAAAGACAUCGAUCCAAAACUAAAUGAUAUGGCAAUGGGUAAUAUUCAAUUACAUUUAAAAAAACUUAGACAAGAUAAUGUGAUUGAUAAUCAAUAA